AUGUCUGAGGAGGGGCUGGCUGACACCAGCCGAGAUGGCCACAGCGUCAAGGAGGAGUCAGAGGGGGAUGGGGACUGUGGCCUGACAGGACCACCCGCUCUGGUGGGCUCCUAUGGCACCUCCCCUGAGGGUAUCGGCGGCUACAUCCAUUCUCAUCGGCCCCUGGGCCCUGGAGAGUUUGAGUCCUUCAUUGACGUCUACGCCAUCCGGAGUGCUGAGGGGGCCCCCCAGAAGGAGGUGUAUUUCAUGGGUCUCAUCGACAUCCUGACACAGUAUGAUGCCAAGAAGAAAGCAGCUCAUGCAGCCAAAACUGUCAAGCAUGGGGCUGGGGCAGAGAUCUCUACUGUCCAUCCUGAGCAGUAUGCUAAGCGAUUCCUGGAUUUUAUUACCAACAUCUUUGCCUAAGAGACUGCCUGACUCCAUGCUGACUGCUGCUUUAUCUUCAAGGUGGCAGGGUUCUGAGAGG